AUGAUUAUCGCUACCCCUGGCGCUUUGCACUGCAUUCGAGAUUUUUGCCCCGUCUACCCGUGCCAUCAAAGCAGCCUUACAAGCGCGCAUCGCCAGGAACCAAUCUACGCGACCCUUGAGAAUCCCAAAGUACUUAUAGCCAGUACCAUGCCGCCAAUUAUACGCCCACUUCUCCAGAGUCUACACUCCCUAAUUCUCCUUAUCAUAAUGUCUCUAAUGCGCAGGUUCUCCAAGAGGAUCGAUUACUUCAACGACUCGCGCGCCCCCCUCGACACCGACGGCGCAAUCCCAGUCACCCGCUCCCUCGAAAAGACCCUCGACGCGGUCAUCGACCAACUUCACAGGCCCGCCAUUAGCACCUCCGACUUGCCCGCGAUAUGGGAUGCUAUCAGGAACAUGAACAGCGUUGGCCUCGAUGACAGAAAACUCUUGCUCGAAAAGCUCAUCCAAAUCAUGUCGCGCUCGAAGGACUACGCCGUGUCCAAGAAAAUGCAGCAGAUGGUCAUUAACCUCCUCUAUAAGGAUCUACCGCACCCGCCAACAGGAUAUCUCUGCUCGAUUCCAGUCAACCCAAGCCAGAGCCACGUCCCCCAGACCCGCGUCAAGUAUGCGUUCAGAUCAGCAGAUGGGUCCAACAACAACCCACUCUUCCCGACCCUAGGCCAGGCAGGCUCACCCUACGCGCGCUCGGUAUCAUCAACCCGCAUCAUACCCAAGUCGGCGCUACCCGAUCCUGGCCUCGUUUUUGACACCCUACUGAAGCGGGACAAGUUCGAGAAGCACCCUGCUGGCAUCUCCGCUCUCUUCUUCGCUUUCGCAGACCUCGUCAUCCAUAGCAUCUUCAACACCAACCACACGGAUUGGACGAUAAAUGAUGCGAGCAGCUAUCUCGACCUCAGCAUUCUCUACGGAAGCUCAGACCAGGAGGUCGAUUCGAUAAGGAAGAAAGAUGGUAGCGGCGCCCUCUACGAAGACGUCUUCGCUGACAAGAGACUGCUGAUGAUGCCCCCGGCCAGUUGUGCGCUGCUUGUCCUCCUCAGCCGCAAUCACAACUUCAUUGCCCAGCGCAUACGCGACAUCAAUGAAAAUGGCAAUUAUAACCAGAAUCCGCAGGGGGAUGCCAUCAUGCUUCAGGACGAUGAGAUUUUCCAUCGUGCACGUCUGGUGAACUGCGGGUAUUUUAUGCAGAUCAUUCUUGGCGACUAUGUUGGUGCUAUUCUUGGUUUGGUGCGCGAUGAGACCGACUGGCGCCUGAAUCCUCUCAUGACGAUGAGGGAGUUAGACCAUGACUUUGCUCCAACAGGAGAGGGCAACGUCUGCUCAGUCGAAUUCAACCUGCUCUACAGGUGGCACGCGACUUUGUCCGAACCAGAUACCGAGUGGAUCACUGGUUUCUUCGACAACGUCUUCGAAGGAGCUGAUCCUAGCACGGUAACGACUCAGGACUUCAAGAGGGCUGCACACAAGAAACUCAUCGUCGAGGAGCCCGUUACCAAGUGGGAGUUCGGCAGGAUCAAGCGUGAAGUUUCGGGUCGCUUCAAGGAUGAGGAUCUUGCGCGACUCCUCCAGAGUGCGACAAAGGCGUAUGCUGGUGCCUUCAAAGCGCGGGGUAUUCCCGAGGCGCUCCGCGUUAUCGAGAUCAUGGGCAUCCAGCAGUCGAGAAGCUGGGGAACCUGUUCGCUGAAUGAAUUCAGAAAGUUCUUGGGACUGAAACCAUAUGCCAGCUUCAAGGAGUGGAAUCCUGACCCGGAGAUUUACGAUGCCGCUCAGGCUCUCUAUAGGGAUAUCGACAACCUCGAGCUGCAUGUUGGCCUACAAGCCGAGGAAGCGAAGAAACCUGGCCCUGGUGCAGGUCUCUGCCCGGGAUACACCAUCUCUCGAGCAAUCCUGGCUGACGCCGUCUCCUUGUCCCGUGGUGACAGGUUCUUGACCGCAGACUUUAAUCCUUUCAACUUCACAUCCUGGGGCUACCAGUACUGCCAAUAUGACCCCCAGGACGGCUCAUACGGGGGCCUUUUGACAAAGCUCCUCUUCCAGAUGCUGCCAGACUUCUAUCCCCGCGGCUCGGCGUACGCGCACUUCCCCUUCCUCGUGCCCGAGUACAUGGAGGAUCAUAUGCGCCACAUGAGCCCAGAUUUGGUGGACAAAUACACGUGGACGGAGCCACGCAGGCUGUCUCCGACUGUCGCAGUGGACCGCUUUGUGGAUGUGAAGAAGGUGUUGGAGGAUGAGUCGGCGUACUUGUCGGCGUAUGGUGGCAGGUUGUUCAAGACUGUUGAGCCUCAGGUUGUUAAGAAGAAGGACACUGUCAGGGGCGAGGACAGAAGGGUUGCUGCCAUCGAGUCCGCGAAGAGGAAGCUGAUAGCGGGUGCCGCCGAUGUCUCGAAAGCUAUCUUCAACAAGCCGGAUCCCGAAUUCGCAUCGUACUUCGUGAACAAGACGAAGACGCUGAUCGAGAACAAGUCCUUCGACAAGGUUGGCUCGAAGACCAAAUGCGUUGAUAUCGUCAAGGAUGUCAUUAACCUCUUGCCUAUUCAUUGGGCUUCUGAUAUCCUUGGUCUUCCCUUGAAGACGUACAGUAAUCCUCAAGGUGUCUGGUACGAAGAACCAACUUAUCAGAAGUGGGCUGAUGUGGCUCGAUAUGUAUACCUGAACUACGAUCCCGUCGAUGAUUGGAAGCUGCAAGGCUGUUCCCAGGAGGCAUCCAAGGAAAUCCUAGAGAUGCUCCAACCCCACCUUGACCACGUCGCAUCGACGUUCCGGUUUUCUAUCAGUGAUGCUCACAAUCAUAUGGGCAUCGGUGGUAAGAACAGCCACAUGUUCUUGAAGAAGCUGUGGCACAAGCUUGGGAAGAACUACACACGGACUGAAUUUACAGCUCAGGUGUUCGCCGCGGUCAUCCCUACAGUGGCGCUGUACUCCCAGGCGGUAGCCCAUAUCGUCGAUUUUUACCUUGAUCAGGACAAGCAAGUCGCGAGAGAGGAGAUCCUUCGCCUCGCGGCAUUGAUGGAGAAAGAGAAAGAUGCCUGUAGCAAGAUCAUGGGAUACGCAUACGAGGCUCUCCGCCUGAACCCUCCUAUUGCGGGGGUUUACAGGACAGCUGCCCAGGAUGCCAUCCUAGGGUCUGCUGUUGAAGUGAAAGCUGGCAACAAUGUAUUCGCCAGCAUUUCGAAUGCCAAUCAGGAUUCCUCUGUAUUUGGCCCAGAACCAGCUCACGCGGAUUACUUGCGGGCAGCGUCAAACCCCGGUCUCGCUUCCUUCAUUGGUGAAACUGGGCUAUUGACUUCGGAGUUCUUCCAGUCUACCGUGCCUGGUGUGCUUGCGGCUAUCUUCAAGCUGAAGGACCUGCAACGGGGACCUGGUCUUUCUGGAUCAUUCACCCGCUUCAAAGAGGACUUCUACGGUACCCAGGCCACUCGAUAUAUCAAUUCGUCAGGACACAUUACGCCAUUAGCCGAUUCCCUGGUUAUUCAGUUUGCUCAAUGA